AUGGCUACAAAUAAACAAUCAAAUACAGUUAGGGAUCAGAUUAUCCAGCUCCAGACUGAUCCAGACUUCAGGGAGAAAUUUUACAUAGAGGAGCAUGAAAAGGAUGAUAAUGUGAUUUGCAACAUUUGUCUCAGUGGAAAAUUUCAAGAUAUCAACAGAGUUGUUAUAUGUGAAUUAUGACUUGCAGCCACUCAUCAGAAUUGUUAUCACAAUGAACUAUACCACUCUGUUCCUGAGGGGAAUUGGUUUUGAGCGAGAUGCUCCCAAAUCCUCAAAGAAAUAGGCAAGAUACCAAAGGCAGAGAUCUUUGAGAAAUAAAAGAUGCCGUUUUUGUUUAAAAUAUAAUGGAAUUCUCAUUAAGAAUCGGAAGUUUGGAUAUUUUCACAUUGUUUGAGCUCGAUGGUUAUCCCAAAUAACCAUAAAGGAAGAUGGUGAAAAAUUCAAGGUUGGCUAUUCUAAAGAAAUCUGAAAAAAUAAACAGUGUUACAAAUGAUGUGAGCAAGGAGGUCUUACUCAGAAAUGAAAUAAGGGAUACUGUGCUGCUCAUUUUCAUAUAACCUGAGCUAUCAAAGCAGGCUAUUUAAAAGAAAUAGGAAAAAUGAUAUGAUCAUACAAGGACAAAGUUGAGUACUAUCCAUUGUUUUGUAAAAAACAUGAAAGAGAAGGUAGAGAUAAAUUUAAAACCCGCAAACUUCCUAAAUAUUCAAAGCCGAAGAAAAAGAAACCACGGAAAUCUAAAAAGUCUAUAAAAGAAAAAUCAGCAAAAAAUGAAAAUUAUAAAGAAGUCAUCAAUGAGAAUGACCAAGUCGAUAUUUCCAGUCAGUCUUCAUGCCACAAAGAUAACUCAAAUAAAAUUCCACUUCCUAAAAAACCAGCUGAGAGUUGUACUAAACAUCCUUCUCCCGUCCAAGCUCCUUCAAAACCCGACUCCAAUGCACCUUCCGAAGCUGCUCCCAAAGAGCCACAUUCAGAGCCCACUGAAGAACAAAUUGACACAAGGAAUUCCCAAUCACUCGAAAAUAGCACUGUCCAUUCCACUAACAUAUUGAAUUCGGAUGAGAGUAAGAAAUGUAACAAUGAGGAAGGCUACUAUGAUGUUGUUAAGACUGAAGGAGAUCCUCUAAAAUUGACAGAAUUUGUAUGAAAGCAAGAAGAUAUUGAUGUCAAAGAAGAAGUAACCUCAAUUGAAAGGGCUGGUAAAACUUGAAAGAUAGAAUGAAAAGAAGAGUUUUUUUAGUGAUUAUAACAACUUUAUUAAACAAGAGAAUCCUCAAAUUCUGUUUGGAGGGUCCAUUCAGAUCAGUCAAGAGAGAUUGUAUAAAACUUUAAAUGAUCCAGUGGUGUGGGAAUCAGACCAAUCUAAUGAUGAUGAGAUGGAAGUUAGGUGUGAAAGCCUUAUAACUAAUUUGAAGGCCAAUGAAGAUAAGAAUUAUCUACUAAAGUCACCUUUUGAUAGCCUUUUAGAUAUUAAGAAAGGAACUAUUUCAGAGAUAAAGCAAUUAUUUUUUGAAAAAUGAAAACAAGAAGACCUUUUAGACACAGAAUUAAACUGAAUAAAGUUCAGGAAAACCCAAAGCAAUAAUGAAGAGUUAAAACUUGCAAAUAUGAUAGAUUGAGAAUCGUGCUUAGUUACCAACCUUGAAUCCUUAAUACUCCCACUGAUAAUCCUUCCCAACGGUGACACCUCAGAAAGUGACCCUAUGUCAGUUCCAUCAUCCAGGCUUCCUAGAACUUUUAUUUAUGAGUCAGAAUAUGAGCAACACCUAAAUUUUUUAUAUUCUUAAAUCUUUUCAAUA